GGAGUGGCACGUGAACCAGGAACAAGCACCCGGAACUAGCGAUGUUUUAAAGCGAUACUUUCUAUUAUGCAUUCAGUUUAAUCCAAUUGCACAUACACACUACGUAGUUCCUGUCCAUGGCGCCCUUUCGCUGCUUUAAAUGUUUGAAGGGCUCCGGUGGGCGCGUGACGACAGCCCACGCCUCUGAGCGUGUUUGAAACCACUAUAGCUGUGCGCAGCCGCUCGAGCUCCAGAUUAAGCACACGACAGCGUGCGCGAGCUUGUGUCCAUAGCUAAGACAUGAUCUUUAUCUUCCGGGAUGAGUCACGUUUGUACCGCUGUUAUCCUACUCGGAGAUGGGACGCAACGUUCUGCUUUACUGGCCAAAUAUUAUUGGAUACCUGAGGAUCGGCCUUGUGUUUGCUGCAUGGGCCUCCUGGGAGACUCCAGCAGUGUUCAUCCCUCUCUACUCAACACACGUCGCUCUUGAUGGAGUGGACGGCUGGACGGCGCGGCGGCUGGGCCAGACCUCCAGGUUUGGAGCCUGGCUGGACGUGGUGGUGGACAACCUGGGCCGAGGCAUGUUGUGGAGCCGUCUUUCUGAGUGGGGCUGGCUGGUGUCUGCUUUGGAGUGGUGCGUGUUUGUGUGUAACCACAGUGCCAGAGGGGACCAGUGGAAGAGCGGUUUCAUCAGCAGCCCUCGAUUCAUCCGAGCCGUCAUGGCGAACGGGUUUCGAACACCUCUUGGCACGUGGGUGGUGAGCGGGCUGCACUGCCUCCCCCUGUGGCUUUAUGGGGCCCACAGGGGUUUACUGACUCGCUGGCUGCAUCUGCCCCUCUGGAUCCAGGCUGUGGGGACGCUGCUGCUGGCUGCAGGCCGCCUCCUGGCUCUGUCAGUGGAGAUAUGGUGUAUAUGGACACACAUCAAAUACCUCACCAAUGAAGAGCCGGAAGAGAAAAGGAACUGAAAGCACCCCCCCACACACUUGUAUUUAUAACCUACCAUGCCAGCUGAUGGAAACCUCCUGUGAUGUCACAAACUCGUCAGAUUCUUAACAUGGUCUGUGAUGUCACAGGACAGGCUAAGUUCUCCCAACAUCUGUUUAGAGGUAGCGGUGCUGCCGUGAAGCUCACAACACUUCAGUGUGCAUUUGGCAAGUAGGUUCUUGCAUGUGUAUUCAUUUGUAUAAAUAUAUUUCACAGAAUGUCACGAGACCUCAGUAAUACGACUGUGACGUAUGCGCUCGCUCCCUUUUUGUUCCGGACCUUUUGAUGGGAAGUCAGAGAGCAUUUAUGGAGGAGAUACUUUUUUGAAUGCUGGGGGAGUGACGCUGUUUCCAUUGGUCUCAAGAACCACGUUAGUCCCUCAUUGGCCCAAUACUCCAUCCCUGGAACAUUUUGCACAGGGGCUUUCCUCACCAUGGAAAUAGGGUCAUACAUUAGUGUUUAACUUACUUGUAUCGCUUUAAUUUUUGCUUGUAUAUUUAUUCUUAUGCCGCACCAAUCAUCAAGACAUUCUGUGUAACUUGUGGCAAUAAAUGGCUUUUACGUCUGAUUCUGAUUACACGUCGCAAUAAAAGGCUGACUGUU